AUGGAUGAGCACGCAGGUGAUGACCUCCUGGUGAUGCCAUUUUUAUUUCUAUGCUUUCUGAUUGCUGUUCCUGAUGUGACGUCGCUGCUGGACUUCCCAGAUGCUAGUGGAGCUGAAUUGGAGGCGUGUGAUCUUCAUGUAGAUGAAAGCACUGUGACUAUCCUAGAGAAAUGUAUUGACUAUAAGGCUGGAAGAAAAACUGCUUAUGUUUCUAUUGAGAAUCUAGUCUACAAGAUUGCAUGCCAUGAUUACCAGGCUGACUCUUCUUAUGGUGGAGCAGUAGUUCAAUGUGACAAGGAUUUCAUAAUGGCAAAUGUGUCACGUAUUGUCCCUGGCUUCAGUGAUGAGACUGUUGCUGAACCACCUGUGUCAACCUGGCUGGUAACAAUCUAUGAUGGAGCCCAAAAGAAGACGGUUAGCGUGGCAAAUGCCAGAACUUAUGGAUACGACUUGACAAGUGAUGAGCAGAACCUUAAGUUCAAGAUCCGUUACAAUGCCUCAGGAAUACGUGGGCUUGUGAGUGAGCUCCAGGCCCUAUCCAUUAAGGAACCGUUCCUGUCUAUUUUUGAGGAUCGGGUUGUCCUUCGAACAGACCCGGCUUUUCUGCCAAAGGUCGCUUCGAGGUGCAACAGGGUGCAGGAGAUCAUUCUACCUACUUUCUGUCCCAAACCAGUAGGGAGCAGGGAAUCAGGUUUUCACUGUUUAGAUGUGAGGCGGUGUUUGCUCCAGUACUUGAAGAUUUCCAAGGACUUCCGGAGAUCUGAAUCACUAUUUGUGCUGUUCUCUGGUGGGUCCAAGGGGAAGCAAGCUUCUAGAUCCUCCUUAGCUAGGUGGUUGAGGCAGGCCAUUAUGGAAGCUUAUGGAGUAUUAAAUGUUCCUCCCCCGUCUUUGGUGACGGCACAUUCAACUAGAGCUUUGGCAACGUCCUGGGCCGAACGAGCUGGUGCUACGCCGGAACAGAUUUGUAAGGCGGCAACAUGGUCAAGUUUCUCCACCUUUGCAAAGCAUUAUCGCCUAGAUCUCAAUACCGCAGGGGAUCAGGCAUUUGGCAGGAAGGGCGAUAGCCAAAUUUUUUACCAAGGAGACAUUCGGCUCAUUCUGACAAAUAUUAACCCAAAAAUCACAAUUGAUGUGAAGAUUAGAUGUGUCAAAGGGCCUUUCCCGUGCAACAAUACCCAUAUGAACAUCUCAAUUCCUCCGUUUGAUGGCACUCUACAGUUCAUUGACGUUGGCAAUGUAGCCAUUCCAAUACGCAAUAGUGGUGCUGCACUUCAAAAACACGGGUUAUCAGUUGACCUUAGCAACGGGACCAACGUUACUAUCAGUAAGGAGAAUCUAAAGGAAUUGCCAAUCACUGGCCUGAGGGGAUUCUACUUGCCUUCUCUUGUUCUGAUCUUCAUGGUGGAUGAUUUUAUCGUGGCAAUGAGUCUUACUGGAGAUUGUAUUAUCAACUUAAUUUCUGGUGAUCCCUUCUGCUCAAAAGAUGGCUUUAUGACUGUUCAGGUGUUGUCACUGCAAACAAGACCUAGUCUGAACGUGGAUACUGUGAUUCUGGGAGACGGUCAAUGCAAGCCGACAAAUAAGACUGCCGGCAUGGUUGAAUUCAAAUUCUCUUUGAAGGAGUGUGGCACAAAAAUGAGGUUUGUAGGUGGGGAUCUCCUCUACGAGAAUGAACUGCGUGCCCUCUGGAAAGAUUUUCCUAGAAGGAUCUCAAGAGACAGCGAGCUGAGAGAGACUGUUCGUUGUCGGUACAAUGUCUCUGAUGGACUUUUGUUUAACGUGAAUGUGCAAACUCCAUCUCCUCCUCCGGUCUCUGUAAGACAUGAUGGUCCAAUUUCCUUCGUGCUAAAUCUCUACGAAGAUGACUCCUAUAAGCUACUGUACCAGGAUAACCAAUAUCCAGUUGUGAAGACCCUCCGUGAUCCCAUCUACCUGGAAGUGCAAGUUCUGAAUCGUACUGAUGCAAACAUUGAGCUGGUACUGAAUGACUGCUGGGCAACAAUGUCUCCAGACCCUACAUCCUCCCCUCAAUGGAACGUUGUUGUAGACGGUUGUGAAGAAGACCGAGAUGACUACCUUACAGUUUUUCAUAAAGUUUCAAAUGUGCUGCUUCCAAAACACCGCAAGCGAUUUGAAGUCAAGGCUUUUGAAUUUCAGGGGGGUAGUCUUGCAAUCCAUGGGGUCUUCUUCCACUGCAGUGCUCUUAUUUGCAGCCUCCAGUCUCCAGACUACCCUCUCUGUACAAAAAGUUGUGAAGGGUCUAGAAGGAAAAGAGAUGAAUUGUUCUUAAACAGGCAUUCUGUGCUGGCCAGUCUUCCCGGACCAUUGCUGUUUGUGGACUCUGAUCCUGCAAAGACCCUCCAAGAUGAGUACAAGGUCAUCAAAGAGAUCACUCUGGGAGUCCUGCCUGCCUUUGGUAUCGUUGCUGUGAUUAUUAUGGUAGUUGUGCUUCUGUCUACA